GAUAUUUACAACUUUAAUAAGACAGGUCUUUACUAUUACAUGCCACCCAAUUGUUUGCUUGCUACAAAGCAGCUCUCUGGAGGCAAGGGAGAUAAAACUCGUAUCUCCCUUAGCUUCAUUGCUAAUGCUGAUGGAUCUGAUAUAAGGGGCCCAUUGUUUAUUAGGCAUGCUAGAAAACCACAAUGUUUUAAUAAGAAGGAG